CUGUUGGGAUGGAAUCAGAAGACAAGAGUGAACCAUCUUCCAGAAAGUGCCCUUCAGCUCACAACCUCUCACAGCCCUGUGAGGUCCUGCAGAUGUACACUUGUAGCACUUCUGCUGGAGUUCUGAGGAAGAUUAUAAAAGAAGAAGAUGAUGAUGAUGAUGAAGAUCCUUGUGGAGGAACUUCUAUCUCCAUGGUGGUCAUCACUUCUGACCAGGAGAAUGACGAAGAACCUGGAGAAGAUGAAGAUGAUCUCUGUGGAGGAACAUCAAGCCCUGAGGAACACAUCAGCUCUGUGGGUGAACAUAAUGAAGGACACCAGAUUAAGACUGUAAAACUUGAAGAAGCCGAAGCUGAAGAUUAUUUCUAUGGAGGUUCAUCAACCUCAGUAGAAGAAGUGAAUGAAGAGUUCCACACGAGGCUAAUAAAGGUGGAAGAACCUAAAGAUGAUGAUGAUUACUUAUGGGACACAGAACUGAGCAGCACUCCAGAAAUGGAUCAGUUCCAUCCAGGUUCUCCUGAACCUCUCCAGCAGAGCGUCACAGGGAGGAAUUGCUACCCCUGUUCACACUGUGGGAAGAUCUUCCCAAAACACAGUAACCUCAGAUCCCACGAGCGCAUCCACACCGGAGAGAAGCCGUAUCGCUGCUCGCUGUGUGGGAAGAGCUUCACCCAGCAGAACAAUCUCAAAUCCCACCAGCGAACCCACACAGGAGAGAAACCACACCAGUGCUCCCAGUGCCAGAAGAGCUUCACCCAGCUGGGUCAUCUCCAACGCCACGAGCGCAUUCACCUCGGACAGAAGCCCUAUCAGUGCCUGGAGUGCGGGAGGAGUUUUAUGUACCAGAAUUACCUCGAAAAGCACCGGCGCAUUCACACCGGAGAAAGACUGUAUCAGUGUUCACUGUGCGGCAAGAGCUUCACUGACGGCAGCACUCUCAAGAUACACCAGCGCACUCAUACGGGGGAGAAGCCCUAUCGGUGCUCGCAUUGCAACAAGACCUUCAAUCGGAAGAAUUCUCUCCAGCGACACCAGCGCAUUCACACCGGAGAGAAACCGUACCGGUGCUCCGAGUGCGGGAAGAGCUUCACUCAGCCGGGCCAUUUCAAGAUCCACCAGCGCAUUCACACCGGGGAGAACCUGUACUACUGCUCAGACUGUGGGCGGAGCUUCAUUCAUUCAAGUACAUUCAAAACACACAAGUGCGCCAGCACUGAGCCCUCGACCAAUAAGGGUCUGUCAAAUCAAACUGGGUUUCUGAUCCUCACCAGUUAACACAAACUGGAAUAUUUUAGAGACACUCAACAGUACAUUGAUGCAAGAGAACAUUAAAGACUUAGAUCUGAUCCUUUAUUUAUUUAAUAAUACUGAACAAUCAUGCCAUGAGUGUUACCAGUGUGUUGACAGGGUGGUACACCAAUAAACAAGCAAACAAACAAA